AUGAGUCUGGAAAGCCCGACGUAAGUUUCAUACUUUUUUCAAAAUGAAUUUGGAGAAAUUGAAUGGAGAUACUUAAUUGGGUUUAGCUAAAGAAAUAUCUGAAGAAACCGAAAAUAUUCACACGUUUAGUGAAAAAUACGGAGAGGUGGGGGGCAUCCUCAUACCUUUUUCAUUCGAUUAUUUCAGUGGAAUUCGACCAGUCGGAUUUCUACUUCUCCAAAAAAUGUCGGAAAAAGAAGACGAUGAAAAUUACGUAAGUACCGUAUUCCCCGCGAGAAUUACACAGUUGCAGGACCAUCGUCGGAAAAAGGUUUCAUCCCCAGAUCGUCAUAAAAUUCAGAGAAAGAACAAGGCUGGAAGGCAUGGGGAAAAAGUCAGCAGAGUGGUAAUUUAUUACGCAACAAUGUAUUUAUUUAGGUAAUCAAAUAAUAGUUGCCCGUCAAGUAUCCAGAAGGUAAGCAGGUCCCCUGCUAAACGCUGAUCAUCGACUGAGUUUCUAAUUUUAGAUGAUGGGGUGAAAGACAGACAUGAAGAUGAACGGGCAUCAAUGAUCAAAGCUCGGAAGAAGAGGGAGAAGGAUCGUAGAGCAGGAAAACCAUCAGCUAGAGUAAUUCCUUUUGAGUAUUCCGAAUACAAUUUUGCAGAAAGAAGAUCAUAAGCAGCGAGAUCAGAAUGACUACAUUGUCCCUGUUCCCGCACCCAAUAAGAGAUCCAAGCUCAAACCUGGAAAGAUCAAGGUUCGAGUAACCAGCAAGCACAAAGCAAGCAACAAAUCCCGCCCAAAGACCCCUGAGAAUGGCCUAUCUGACAAAAGUGCUUCGGAAAUGAAGGAUUCUGAAUCUCCGAAGGAAUUACCAAAGCAUCCCAGAAAGGUGGUCGUUGCCGAUAGUCAGAUGUGUCGAUUAUCUUCUCGUCCAAAUAGUCCAGAUCCAAAGCAACAGGAGAGGGUUCCUAAGGCUUCGAAAAAGAAGGUUGAGGUGAAGAAAGCGGCUUAUUUCAAUGAUGAUGACGACAGCGUGGUCAGCAACGAUAUCAAGGCAAUCUCUGUCCUGAAGGAGCCGAAAGAGAAAAAACACAAUUGCCCCACUAUCCUGGUGUAUGUGUUCUGAGUUAUUCUAUUUGUAAUCCUUUCAGUACACCCUUUCCAAAGCCACCCAAACCUCAGAAGGAUAAAAUGGCGGGAGCUCAGGAUUAUCCUACUGUAAUUUUAUCAAUAUUUAACUCUCCCACAAUAUCCGCUAAUUGUAUGCAUCCAUUUUUCAGAUGGACGAAGUUCUCAGCGAUUGGGGCGAAGAGGAAACCCCCAAAAAAGGAAAAGAAGAAAAGUCCUGA